UGACGUAGAAGUGAUAGACCCUCGACAAUAUGGCGGAGACCGGCGGAAAGUCGUCAGUCCUGGGCAUGGGACAUACAAAUAAACCAAGCGAAACAUUGAAGAGCCAGUCAUGUAACGGCACAAACCCAGAAAACAUGUCCAGUUCUGAUGCACCGGAUCUACGAAGCAUACUGGUCACUAGCGUUCUAAAUUUAGAGAAAAUCGACACGGAUCUUUACAGUGGGAAGCAUCACUGGGUACCUCGCACUCAACGUCUCUUUGGGGGCCAGAUUGUUGGACAGGCUUUGGUAGCUGCUGCCAAUUCUGUCACAGACCAAUUCUGUGCCCACUCUCUUCACUGCUACUUUGUAAGAGCAGGUGACCCCAAAGUUCCAGUAUUGUACCAGGUGGAGCGGACCCGAGAUGGCCGCAGUUUCUGUGUGCGCUCCGUCAAGGCCAUCCAGUACGGGAAGCCCAUUCUGAUCUGCCAGGCGUCCUUCCACCUCCAGCAGUCCAGUGUCCUGGAGCACCAGUUCACCAUGCCCUCCGUCCCCCCGCCAGAGGAGCUGUUUACCGUGGAGGAGCUCAUCCAGCAGUACCUCAGUAUUCCCAAUUUGGCAGACAAGGCCAGAGAAGGACUUAAUAAAAUCCUGGCAGAUGAGGUCCCUAUUGAAAUCAAGCCAGUCAAUCCACCUGAUUUCUAUAGACGUGUUGCCAUGGAACCAAAGAAACUCUUCUGGGUUCGAGCUAGAGGGCAUAUUGGGGAUGGUGAUAUGAAACUGCACUGUUGCGUGGCUGCGUACGUGUCGGACUACUCAUUCCUGGGCACAACUGUGCUGCCCUACCCGGAACACAGGGCCCAGUUCUCAGCCUCCCUCGACCACGCCAUGUGGUUUCACAACACCUUCCGUGCUGACGAGUGGAUGCUGUAUGAGUGUGAGAGUCCAUGGGCAGGAGGCAGCAGGGGCCUGGUCCAGGGCCGGCUAUGGAGACGUGACGGGGUGCUGGCGGCCUCCUGCGCCCAGGAGGGAGUGCUCAGGAUGCAGGCCCUGUCUGAGAGCAAACUCUAGCGCAGACAUGCUGGCCUCUGGAGCUCAAAGCACCCAAAUCCAGCCUUGGCUUUCUGACGGCAAUGGAAGUAUGCUGAAAGCUGUUGAUUUGAAAAAAAAAUUCUGGAAGACUCCUGGAUACUGACAGGGUGCAUCAUCUUUCCAGGGACCCUUACACCCUUACAAGGCAUGGUGUCUAACUGACCCUAAUCACAAAUCACACCCCAUAUGUUAAUUAUGUAAUUUUAAUAAUGGCUUCACACUUUUGCUGUGCAAAAGACAGUUUUUUUUACUCCCUGGUGGCUCUGACUGACAAGUGGUAAAUGGUGUGAAGAGCCCUGCUGUGAACAUGCAUACAAUAUGAAAGCAUCUCUUACUUGACUGAAUAUAAAUGCAGUGUAGUUCAGAUCGGAUGAUUGGGCGGUUGUGGUACGCUGAUCUACUGUAAUUUGCGGACCAAAAAAAUCUGAGAGUUUUCUUUAGUUGUCCAGUUUGGUAAUGUUUUUUUUACUUAAAUCUUAGCAGUCUUGAAGGCAAUUAUUUUGUAUAGAAAUAUAGUAUUUAAUAUUAUAAAUUAUAAUUAUUGCUACAAAUUAUAUAUAGGUGCAUGUAUCUUGUGCACAGGUAAUAUUGUUAUAAUGUGUUUUCAUUUUUCAUAUUUGUGAUCUUGUAUUGUACAAAAUAACAGAAUGUAUAUGUUUGAAGGGUUUAAAUAAACAACAAGAACAUCAAACAUA